ACGCGUCGUCUGUAAACCCUUCGCGUCUAAGCAUUUCGUUAUCAGUUUGAAUCUUCAAUCUCUCUCUCAGAUUUAGAUCCAUUGAAAGAGAUCUUUUGCAUUGUUGCUGUUGAUAUUUAAUCGUAACUGACUCAGACUACGCGAUCGAUUGACUCGGCGAGGCUUUAGGAGGAGAGAGAGACAUGGGAGGCGCGCCUUCGACGCCGCAAAAAACCGGCGGUGGCGACGAUGUUUCCGUGGCGGAGUAUCUCAUUUCGACUUUCGUCGGGGAGAAAUCGUUCCCCCUGGCGUCUGAUUACUGGAACAAGCUGCUCGAGCUUCCGUUGAGCUCUCGCUGGCCUAGUGAUCGUGUUCGCCAGGCCUGCGAGCUUUUCGGACGAAGCAAUGGAUACACUAGGCACCUUGCGAAGCUGUUGAUUCAUCUGUCGUGGUGUUUGCAAGAGCUUCUCCAAGAUUCUGAUGAUGAUCAGGCUUCUUCUAUCUAUAAGAGAGCUGUUAACGCAACGUAUAUUUCGUCAGUGUUUUUGAAGCAUCUGAUUGAGAAUGGAAAAAGUGAUGGCCUCGUGGAGUUGCAUCUAUCUCUAGACGAGAGCGAGCCAGUUCCUCAUGGCUUUGUAAUGGAUCAAGACAUCCAGAAUUUUGUUAUGCAUAGUGUGCUAAACUUCAUUGGAUCAACUGAAGUGAGUCCGAACUCGUAUGUUCUACAUCAGGAACUUCUGAACUUCAUGAUUGUUGCAAUGUCUACACAGCUUCUCUCCGGGCCAUCACCUGGACCAAGAGAUGCGAACCCUUUUAUUGAUGCAGCAAUGUCUCAGGAGAAGUCUUUAGUUUGUCUGGCUGUCAGAAGAUUGCUACUUAAUUAUAUUUCCCGUACGCCUCCAAAUGCUAAAACCUAUUUGUAUUCUGAUGGAGAUUCACCAGGCAUUUUGGAAAGAGUUGGUUCUGCAGCUGCGACAAUUGUGCUCUUGCCUUUGAACUAUCUUGUAAAUAACAGUGGUGACGGAUCUAAACAUCCACUAGCGGAGUUCAGCCUUCAUGUUUUGCUAAUCCUCACUAAUUACCACAAGCCUAUCAUGAGUGAUGAGUCAUUGACGGAUAAAAGUGAUGACAGUGGUACUUCAGAAUUGGUAUCUAAAGGGCAUGCAUUUUCCUCCGGCAAUAUCUUUAGCAAGGCUCUGGCAAAUGCUAGAGAUGUCGAAUUUGAUCGCUCAGAUGUUGAGGGAAAUGCCUACCCUGGUCCACAUGUUCGGAUACCAUUUGCUUCUUUAUUUGAUACUCUUGGCAUGUGUUUGGCUGAUGAGGGCGCUGUCUUACUCCUCUAUUCGUUGCUGCAAGGGAACUCCGACUUUAAAGAGUAUGUUUUGGUGCGAACUGAUUUGGAUACUAUGUUGAUGCCUAUUCUGGAAACGUUGUAUAACGCUUCGAAGAGAACAUCAUCCAAUCAAAUAUACAUGAUGCUCAUUGUACUUCUCAUCCUUAGUCAGGAUUCAUCAUUCAAUUCAAGCAUUCACAAGAUGAUACUUCCUAGCGUUCCAUGGUACAAGGAGCAUCUCCUUCAUCAGACGUCUCUUGGCUCCUUAAUGGUCAUUAUUCUCAUCAGAACAGUGCAACACAACCUUUCUAAACUGAGGGAUGUGUAUCUGCAGACUACAUGCCUUGCAACCUUGGCUAACAUGGCACCCCAUGUCCAUCAUCUUAGUGCAUAUGCCUCGCAGAGGCUUGUCAGCCUUUUCUACAUGCUUUCUCGAAAGUAUAACAAGUUAUCGGAGUUGACAGGUGAGAAGCAGCAAAGUAUCAAAAUAAGUUUGGCAGGAGAGGGUGAUGGCGUUUCUGAAGAUCUGGCAGCAGAGUUGCAAAUCUUUACUGAUUUCUUGAGACUUGUCCUUGAUAUAUUAAAUGCAAUUUUGACGUACGCUUUACCAAGAAAUCCAGAGAUCGUGUAUGCAGUUAUGCAUCGGCAAGAAGUGUUCCAACCUUUCAAGAAUCAUCCGAGAUUUCAUGAGCUAGUCGAAAAUAUAUACACAGUCUUAGACUUUUUCAAUAGCCGCAUGGACUCUCAAAGAUCGGAUCGAGAAUGGUCAGUGCAGAAAGUUCUUGAAUUCAUCAUCGACAGUUGUCGGUUUUGGCGAGGCGAAGGCAUGAAGAUGUUUACUCAACUUCACUUCUCAUAUGAGCAAGAGAGCCACCCAGAAGAGUUCUUUAUUCCAUACGUUUGGCAACUAGCUUUUUCCAGAUGCGGAUUUAGCUUUAAUCCGGACGCUAUCAACUUAUUCCCAUUGCCACACCAAGUUGAGAAACAGGGAGAAGAGGGGAGAGGAGAAGAAGUGGAAGAAGGGAAAGAGAAGAAGGUGCAAGAGCUGAUCGAGCAGAGAAUCGUCUUGGAUCCAUAGUAGGAGAGAGUCCGGGUGGGAGGGUGUAUGUAAAUAUUUAUACGGUUCAAAUAAGAUAAAUACUGAAAAAGACGUAAUUAUUCUCCAUUAAUAGUGUGUAGAUCCUCGUCUCUUUUUUGUUUUAUGAACGUUAAUGUCCUUAACAUA